AUGAUGAGCUGUAAGGUUAUCCUGUGUCUUGGGUUCCUCGCUGUUGGAUUUCGCCAUGCCCUGGCAGCUUAUGGAGGGCAAACUUGCACCAUACCCACGUCAGGUAACCCGGGGGCCACUACUGUGUGUACAGGGACUGCAAAUGGCUUUUGUUUGGUAGACACUUUUACCACCGCGGGUAGCCCAUCUCUCACUUCCGCCACUGUAACUGGAAAAUGUGUCUGUUAUUAUGGAUACAGUGGUGCCUCUUGUGGAACUGUUGAUCCUACGGCCACAUCUUCUUCAUCCUCCUCAAGCGGCAAAAGUAACGCCAUUGCAGCAUUAGGGCUAGGACUAGCUGCAGCCUGGGCACUCAGUCAGGGGCUCGGAUCAGGUGCAUCACAGAAUGCACUUGGCCUUGGAACUGGAUCUGCACAAAGUGCACAGGAGGCCUAUUACAUUCAACAAGCCACUGGAGGGGGAAAUGGUUAUGGAUUCCGGCUUGCCCUAGCAGCAUAUGGUGGACAGACUUGCACCAUACCCACGUCAGGUAACCCAGGGGCCACGACAGUUUGUACGGGAACUGCAAACGGAUUCUGUCUGAUUGAUACAUUCACCACCGCGGGUACCCCCUCUCUCACUUCCGCCACUACUACUGGAAAAUGUAUCUGUUACUAUGGAUACAGUGGUGCAGCUUGUGGAACUGUUGACCCUACAGCUACAACAUCUUCAACCACUUCAAGCGGUACUGGUAACGCCAUUGCAGCACUGGGACUAGGACUCGCCGCAGCCUGGGCACUAAACCAGGGCCUUGGAGGAGGUGCAUCACAGAAUGCACUUGGUAUCGGAACUGGAUCUAGUCAAAGUGCACAGGAGGCCUUAUAUAUUCAGCAGGCCCUUGGAGGUGGACCCGGACUCGGUAUUGGUAAAUAA